GGCAUUUUUCCCGAAAAAGUGGUUGGAGGUGGUUGAAUCCCAGAGCAACACUUGAGCGGGGGUGAAGCGGGCUUGAGCUGCAGCGGCUAAUCCACGUGGGACGCAUGUUUUUCGUGGAUGACUACCCAAGUAGGCAGCACCGCUCAAUGACCAGAGACCCCGCCAGAGGGCGCACCACCACAACCCACACCAUGGAGACGAUAGACCCGGCGACGGGCCGCCAGCUGCCGGCCGACGCCAUCCAGCGCGUGCUCUUCAUCGCGCCCGCCGUGCACGUCUACAACAUACCGCCCCUGGCCUCCACCAAGGGCUACACGGCCGCGACCUGGACAGAGGACCCCAAGCGCCACAUCUUCACCGCCCGCCUGCGCGCCAUCGAGACGGCCGUGCCCCAGCCCGGCGGCGCCGAGGACCGCGUCAAGACGGACGUGGUGCUCGAGGACCCGGCCUCGGGCCAGCUCUUCGCCGCCGCCCCCUACACGUCGGCCGCCGUCGUCGAGCCCGCCCUCGACAGCUCGCGCUUCUUCGCCCUGCGCGUCCAGGACGACUCGGGCCGCAGGGCCGUCCUGGGCAUCGGCUUCGAGGAGCGGAGCGAGUCCUUCGACUUUGGCGUCGCCCUGCAGGAGGCCCGCCGCGCCCUGGGCCUCGAGCAGGAGCCCCGCCCCGGCCCCGCCGCCGCCGCCGAGGACGCCAAGCCCGAGGUCAAGCGCGACUGGAGCCUGAAGGAGGGCCAGACCAUCACGGUCAACCUGAGCAGCACCAAGUUCGGCGGCCGCGCCCGCACCCAGCAGCAGGAGGAGCAGCCCUCGGCCCCGCUCGGCUCCUUUGCCCUGGCACCGCCGCCCUCGGCCGCGCCCAGCGCCGGCGGCUUCUCACUCCCUCCCCCUCCGAGUGCUCCGAGCUCUAGGUCACACGCCAGGACGGCCAGCAACGCCUCACAAAAAAAGGCGGCGGCCGACCUCGGCUUUGACGACGGGCAGUUUGGGGAGUUUGCAUGAAUGGGGGAAUCGAGAAACGGACAUAAAAAGUCGCCCUGUCGAAAUAGCACACAAAGAUGUGUCACGAGUACAUUGGGCUCUGCGGCUGCAUUUAUGCUCGCCUAUACCCAAAUAUAUUCGCUUCUAGGAUCACUUGCCUGAGCUCUCCCUCCAUCCGAGGUUCACUAACGCGCCCUAACCCCUCCUGACCCCAAUCCCCAAUUGGUUGGCCGCCUAGCCCGCACCCGUAGCCAUCUCCCAUAGUGGUCGGGCUUCUCCGUGCCAGACAGAUUUAAGGGACGGGAGGCUCAUGCGUUUGUCUCGCGGCUUGGGACAGUAGUACAGACUAAAGGUGUCCAUCGAUACGCUGCGACCUCCGCACCUGCGCCCGCUCCAGAUGCGCAAAAAGGGGCUGCUUGGACGUUUGAUGCAAGUGUCCAAACCCGAGAGUCGGUUCUUGUGAUGGCGGCGACUGCCUUGUCCUCUUUCGCCGUCGCGCCCUUUUUCGUCGCAUGUCAUCACGGCAUCCUGGCAGAUGGGUUUUUCUGACCUCGCCUGGUCGUCUUGCCGUUGAACGCCUGCUCGACACAGGGGAUCAAUGCCCUCCCGCACCUGUUCCCCUUCCGCUGAUUUGAAAUCCCCCAGGCCGCCGCGCUCCCAAGAACUGACCGCGGAGAACUUCACUCUAGGCUCAAAGACGGGUGAUAAGGGGCUCAGAAGCGGGGCCUCGGGCGGACAUGCCACACUCGGAACAAGCGGCGCCUGGGCCGCCUCCUCCGCCUGAACCCACCGCCCGGGAGCCGCCCGCGGGCCCGCGCCCCCGUGGCCCCUCCACAGCGGCGCGUCGGACUCGGCCGCGCAGCCGGCGCCGGCGCCCCAGAAGGGCUGGCUGUACACCACAGGCAACACCGGAGCCACCAUGACCCGCUGCCGUUGUUGCUGCCGUUGUUGCUGCCGUUGUUGCUGCUGUUGCUGCUGUUGCUGCUGCUGCUCGACGUGGAGGUCGCCGAGCCGCAGGAGGAUCAGGCGCCCCUGCUGUUCCGCCUCGGCGAGCCUGCGCCGCAGCAGCGCAGCCUCCUUGCGCAGCCUGCGACGGUCGGACCCGCGCCCCUCGCCUCCGCCGCCGCCGCCGCCGCCGCCGCUGCCGGGGUCCUCGGCGGCGGGGGCGGCGGGAGCGGCCGGCUGUAUGGCGAGGAGGCGCUCCUCGACCUGCCGCAGGCUCUGGAACAGCCCCAUGGCGCGGUCGUCCUGCCGCCUGAGCGCGCACGCGAGGUACGCCUGCUCGGGGUGCUGGUGCUGCUGCUGCUGCUGCUGCUGUCCGAGGUGGGACGACGACAACGACGAGAGCCCGUGGAGGGCAUACGUGACUGCCGGCAGCGGCGGCGGCGGUGGCGGGGCGAAAGGGGGAGGAAGUGUCGGGUCGACGGGGCGGGGGUUGGAUGGGCGGGCCUGAGAGGAGCCAUCCUUGGGAGGAGGGGUUUGGCGUCCCGGCGCCCGUGAGGGAAGUGACCCCGCGGGCUGGGCGCCUUUGUUGGUAGCCAUGAUGGGAUGUGGUAUCGCGGUCGAGUUUAUUACUGGGUGCUGGGUGGUUUCGCUGGUGUGCCGCGAGGGCUGCUGGUCGCUGUGGGCAAGGGCGGGGAGACGAGAGCACAAUAUGCUGGCCUUGCAGAUCGAUCGGGGGAAGAGGCGAGGGGCGGGUUUGUAUCUGGGGCGCUCACCCGUUAUGUUGAUAUAUUAGACACAUCGAUGAAAGGGAGCGGGUGGGGAUAUCCAUCCAUGGAGCUUAUGGGCAAAGAGCCGAGGAGGUGGUUUGGCCGGACUCGGCCGCGGUGCUCCGAGGCACUAGCUCGUUCGCCACCGAAUGUCUUAAUGUCGCGACGGACAAAGAAAAGCGGAAGGAAAUAGAAGCACAGGAAAUUUCAAGCAAAUUUGCCAAUAUGACCAGAGGUGACAUUAUACGCCGG